AUGUCAAAUACGGGCUAUCAAUUCCCACCUUCAUCACCAUUAAUCGAUAAUGAUAAUGGUGACAAAGAAAAUCACGACCCUUUCUCAUUUAAAAAGGAUUCCAAAUAUGACAAAUUCGAAUUUAGAUCAACAAGACAAGAUGAUUAUCCAACUCCAAAUCCAUCAUCUGCCCUUUUCCGUUCCUCAUCUCCUAGCAGGGCUCCGCCGGACAUUGACUCAGAUAUCUUCAAAUUUGACAAAGCGAGUAUCAAUAUCAAUUCUGAUUUCAAUGUUUUGAAUCCUGAUAAAUCUGUUGUUCGUAUUCCAUUGUUACAGGAUAAAUCUCACUUUAGUAUUGGAAGAUCUUCACGUAGUUGUGAAUUUGCACUUAACCCACAGGAUUCUCGUAUCUCACGUGUGCAUUUAAAAGUCAGUUAUAGUUCAGAAGAUAUUAUUCUUACAUGUAUAGGAGCAAAUGGUGUUGCUAUCUGUAUCCCACGUGACUGUUUGGUUUUGGCUACUAGCUCUGCCAAUGACUUUAUUAUUAUGGAAAACAAGACGGGGGUGUCUUUAGAUAAGGCAUUGAUUCCAGUUGAGAAUAGAUCCAUUAAGUUAGAUGGUUCCACUACCGAGUUUUAUAUUAGACAGCAUGAGACCAUAACGAUGCCUAAAUUCCACAAUAUUAUGUUAGAAAUCUCGAAACAGGUUAUCUUGUUAAAUCCUAAAGAUGUUGACGAAGAGUUGACUGACGAUGAGACUCCAGUUUUGAUUCACAGAACUCCAUUGAAUAGAGCCCUUUUGAAUAAACUUCCUGAUACUCCGCUGAAACCAAAACCCAGCUUAACGGUACCUAGCGAAGUGGAAGACACUCCAAGCAAGGCAAAUACAAUCCAAAUUGCCACUCCAGAACCAGGUGAUAAAGCCACUCCAUUGCAACACCCAACUCCAACUGUAGCAUCUAAACCGUUCAAUAUCUUCCAAGACAAAACUAGCAAUGAUUCUCCAGCAAAACGUUCAACUACCGCUUCUCCUAGAUUACCUCUUUCUGAUAAGACGAAUACUUCUAAUAUCAAGAGAAAGGCCCAAUCGGAAGAACCACAGUCAACACCAGUAUCAAAGAAAAAGAAAAUAAAGCAUGAAAAGCAAGAAAAGCCAACAGUUACCCAAGAAUCAGUGGCUGAACUUCCAAACAUAUCUGAAAUCAACAACAUCCUUAUCAAUCAUCUUGCUUUCUCUCGUUUGAGUUCAACUCCUGCAUCUUUCUUAAACACCAUUUCGGUUAUAACAUCCAAAUUAUCACUUGCUCAAAUCAGACAGAUUUUACACGAUAUUCCAUGUAUAGGAGUCAUUUAUCGUCAAGGUAAAGAUGCUGCUGGUAAGCCAUUACAGGAAGAAUAUUACUACAUGCCUGAACAAGACCAUGAUGAAGAUAGAAAAAUGUUGGUUGCAAAUAUGAAGGGUCAUGGCGGCUUAAGAUCUUGUAGAAAGACCCAUAAGCAAUAUUAUUGGAAAAAGCCUGCUCCUAUUAAAAAGUAA